GGAAGUAAAAAAGUCAUACAACAACCGGUCGAGCACACAUCAGUCUGGCAGCAGCGCCAACGAUGAGUGCGCACCACCGUGGCGAUGACUUGGAGGACGACUACGUGCCAGAUGAUUUGGUAGCAUCAUCUGGGGAAGAAGAGGAUGCUCUCGCGUCACACGUUCCUGCCAGUGACGACAUUGGCGGCCUUCUGAGCGCGGACGAGGACGCGGAGCAAGAGUCAGCCGCACUAGCAAAGAGAAAGCGGAGAGAAAAGGAAAAGGAAAGGAAGACCAAAAAGAGAAAACUGGUGGAGACCAGAGACGACGACGAGGCCCCUUCAGUGGCAGCACAACCUCCACACGAACUCGCUGGCUAUUUAUCUUCCAUUCAAGCCAAGGCAUACCCUGCCAAGUCUACACUGGAGCUUCUGGAUAUAUCUAUUCCAGAAACCUCAAUUGUGGACACGACAUCAUGGACGGAAUCGAGGUCAUUGGACCGUCUAGUCGAAUUCAUCAUCAAAGUCCUUCCACCUCUUCACAAGAGGCUGCGGCAGCGGCCGAAAGCCUCUGGCUCACCGACGUUGCUAUUCAUAGCUGGUGCUGCCUUGCGGGUGGCGGAUAUCACCAGAGUUCUCAAGGAUAGGAAACUCCGUGGUGAGAAGGGUGGGGACGUUGCUAAGUUGUUUGCCAGACACAUAAAGUUGGAAGAGCAUGUUACCUAUCUCAGACGGACAAAGAUAGGUAGUGCUGCUGGCACGCCGGCACGAGUUGGCAAAUUACUCUGUGAAACAGGUAAGGACGCCCUUUCCGUGGCCCAGCUGACGCACAUCAUGUUGGAUGUCUCCUAUCAAGAUGCGAAGAAACGCAAUCUAUUUGACAUACCGGAAACUCGCGAUGAAGUUAUCCGCUCUGUUCUUGGGGCACCGGAACUGCUCCAAGGCAUCAAGGAAGGAAGGAUCCAGGUCGUCUUGUUUUAG